UUGGCAGCAGACGAUCAAUGAAUUCAGUGCGAAGCUUCAAGAUGUCUGCCUCCAGUUGUGAACAAAAACAUCAUGCGUCAAAACUCGAUGGCACUGAUGCAAGAACUUGUUCAAUCUGUGUUGGUCAGGAGGCUCGGUACACCUGUCCUCGCUGCAACAUCCCCUACUGUUCCCUGGCCUGCUACCAACAUCAGAAGCAUGGUAGUUGCUCCGAGGCCUUCUACAAGGACUGGGUCAUUGACGAACUGUCACACAGCAGUGCUGACACGGAAGAUCGGGAGAAGAUUCGGGAGAUCCUACAGAGGGAGCAGGAGGCAAGGGACGGGGACGAUGUGGCCAGUGAUGACGAGGAGGAAGAUGCUGAUUCUCUAAACUUGGAGUCCAGAUUGCAGGGGCUUGACCUAGAUGCUGAUGCAGGCGAGGUGUGGCAGAGGCUGACGGAGAGGGAGAAACAGGAGUUCAGCGAGAUGCUGGAGGACGGACGUCUCUCCAACCUUGUAGAGGUGUGGACGCCAUGGUGGGUCAAGCCAUCAAUUGAAACGGAAGAGGAAGUUGAUAAACUGGAGCAUGCUGGGAAGAGGCGGCCGCAGAUAAUCAAAGAGAUCCCAGAUAUCAACAUCCUUCUCAAAAAAAGCAAGCCAUCAUCUGACCUCCGUUUCUGUCUGGUGAAUGUGAUCUAUUCCUAUGCGUUUGUGACCCGGCUCCACAACGGCAGCCAUCUUGAAUCUCCCCUGGAAUCGGCACAGGAUCUUCUGAGCGUGAGUGCAGUGCUGGGUCAGGGGUCAAACUGCACAAGCACCUGCGAGGCUCUGCACAUGUGCACUCACUCUAUACAGCAAAAUCCCUCCAAAUGGAAGAUGAGCUUAGAAAUGACUGUGGAUAUCAUAGAGGACGUGGAGCACAUAUUGAGGGGGCCCGGAGUUGUCUCCCCUCUCUCCUACAUCAUGGCCGCCCUCUCCGAUGUGACAGGGCUCGUCAAGGCAGCGUACACGGCUUGUCAGAAAGAGUUGAAGGUCUCCAGAAGCAAGGAUGCUCCACUGCGACCGGUGAAGAAGGCGCUGUUCCUGGCUGAGAAGAAGGUGGAGUUUGUCCUGAGCUGGGCUCAUCGGUAUGGCAUGGCUGCUCGAGACCUGAUCCCAGAGCUGAGACUUGAGUUAGAACUUCAGAGAGCCGCCAUAACAUCUGUAAACGAGACGAAGAAACAGUUCGAGACCAAGUGGGGUGGCCAUCGUCCUCAGCCAAGAGACCCUCUCAUACAGGAGAUAUCAUGAGAAAAAUAAAACAAACUGUAUUCGACGUAGUAAGCACCCAGCUCUUAUAAGCGCCCACAGUGAUAUUUGCUAAUAUAUUGGCUUGUGAACAAUACCAAUUAGCACCACUUCCGAUUGAUCAAUUUAUUUGUGUAUAAUACGCACUUGUGUGUUAUAUGCACCCUUAAUUAUGGGCAAUUAAAUUCUCGAAAAAUAUAUCUGUCGUGUAUAAUAUGCACAGACUUCUUUUCUAUCAUUUCAGGCUGUCAGCAUAAACCACGAAAUUUACGAUUUUUGAACUCAAAAUUUUUCACCAAAUGUUUAUUCUAAUGAGAGCCCCCUUUUUCUAAUUUUGAGAGUGCCCUGGGCGCUUAUUAGCAUCGAAUACAGUACUUGUUGAAAAGAGUACUCAAAAGUAAUCAACAUCUCUGAAGGGCUCAUGAAGAUCAAUCUUUGCAUGGAUCAUCACACCAAAGGUGCCAGCCAUACUGCACAUCUCGAAGUGGAUCAUAACUAUGCCAUUUAUCCCUGUCUUCGUUGGAAGAUUUCUUCAUAUUGACUCUAUCCAAAAGGGAUCUUAUGAUAAUAAUAAGAAUGUAAAUAAGAAUGUAAAUAAAAAUGUGCAAUUUUGAAAAGCACUUUUCCACAAAA